CUUUGUCAGAAGUCAGCUGGGAAGGUUACAAAUGGUAAGCAAAUAAACCCACGACAGUGCAACUGUCAUAAAUACAAGCCAACUGUCAAGCACUCAAAUUCUGAUCACUUGAGUGUGGGGAUGCUGCAAUGGUCACAAGUGAGAAAAUUUGAUUUAUCUGUCAUAAGUCACUUUUUUCAGUGCCGUUGUAAUUUCAAACAUCACUAAAUGAAUGGUUGUAAGUCAAAGACUACCUCUAUUAGUGUAUUCUAGCACAGAGGUCCCCAACUCUUUCAGCACCAGGGACCAGUUCUGUGGAGAAAGGUUUUUCUGUGGACCAGAGAAUGUGUGGUUUUCUGUGUUGCUUGCAUCCCACGGAUGGGGCUUUGUGUGGACCGGUUGCUGGCAUGCCAAGGCUGAGUACUGGUCCACGGCCCAGAGGUUGGGGACCCGUCCCAGCAGUAAAGAUAUUAACCCUUUCUCCCCAUAGAAUAUAUUCAGGUUAAAAUCCUGAGCCUCCUUCAAACUUGCACCUACACCUGAAAUGCCCCUCCUCCAGUUAGUUCCCUUCUCGUGCCUGAAUGUCCUGCUAUGUCUUGCCAAACUUUCAUUGGGAGUUCACUCAGUCCUCCCAGCACUGAAGGAGAUGCCAGAAAACCAAUCAACAUGCCCAUCAGAAGUGCCACUCCCAAAGUAGGGCAAUGAAUUUUAUCUGAUUGUAUUCAACUCCUUAUGGUUUAUGUCAAAGACAUAAAGAUUUGAUUACUCCAGUGAUUUGGGUAAGGGGCCACAAGAGCAAAAUGGACUGGCAAGUGGGGACAUAUUUUAUGUCUAUUUUUUUUUUCAUUUUCUGAGUUAAGGAAGGAUGACUACUAUGAACCACUGGAUUGUAUAUUUUUAAAUGCUCAUGCAAAUCAAAUUGCCACUUUUGCAACCCGGCCCCUAUCUCAUCAUUCUUAAUUUUACUAUAUCACUUGUUGAAAAAGAAAGGCAAAAGUGUAAGUAAAGAAUAUAAUGCAUUCCUGUCAUUUGGAGGACACUUUGUCCAACUCCUAACUAUGGAAAGACUGCACCCGUUGUAACAACACAGGCCAAAAAUCUGGAAACUGUCUAAACCCGAAACCCUAUUAAGCAUCCCUGAUAGCAAGAUGAAUAAUCAUCAUAGCUCUAAAUUGCAAAAGGCCUUUUAACACUGUAUUUUAAACUACCAUUUCUCAGGAAAGAAAAGAAAAAGGAAAAGAAAGAAAAAGGGAAGGGAAGGAAAGGAAGAGAAAGGGUGGGAAGGAAGAAAGGAAUAAAUGUCCGUCAAAUAUACAGGAAAUGUAAUUUCUUGCUAUUAUUUAACGGUCGUCUGGAUAUAUUGUUAGAUGAUUAACAUCCUUUAGCUUAAUUUUUUUAGGAAUAAAUAUCUUCCUAACAGGUAAGGCUAAACUGCAGCACUUAGAAUGCAAUUCACAGAAGCACGCUAGUUUCUUCCUUUCCCAGGCGCACAUCAUGGUUAGGAUCGAUCUAAACUAGCGCACCAAUUCCCGACUACCGUCACGCGCGCAACCAAGACUUCGGACAGGCGCCCGUAUAUUUCCGAGCGCAGAAGGCAGAUUCCGUGCGUCAAAAGAUGAGUCGCUCUUCUCAUUGGCUGUUCCGACGGAGACGCGUCGCAGCCAAACACUGCGGGGCGUGACCAAUAGCCAAGCCCGAUGCGAAGAUCUCGAGAGAGUUGGUCUGAAGCUGGCACCGCCAUGUUGAAAGAGGGAGAGGCCACAGCCAGUUUAUGUCGUUCUUCGGAUUUUUUUUGUUUUUGAAUAGGAACGCGAAGACCUCAGGGAAGCAUUUGGAUCGACGCGUAUUUUAAAUUGAUUUGUUCCCUCCGAGAAAUCCCGGUGGUGCUAAAGAGGCAGGCGGAGGGGACGGCAACAAGAGGAUGGUGCAGUCCUGCUCUGCCUACCGUUGCCGGAAUCGAUACGACAAAGAGAAGCCCAUCUCUUUCCACAAAUUUCCUCUCACAAGGCCUGAUCUCUGCAAGAAAUGGGAAGCUGCUGUUAGAAGAAAAAAUUUCAAACCAACAAAAUAUAGCAGCAUUUGUUCUGAACACUUUACUCCAGAUUGCUUCAAAAGAGAAUGUAACAACAAACUAUUAAAGGACAAUGCUGUACCAACAAUAUUUUGCCACACAGAACCAAAUGUGAAGUCUGAAGGCACACAAGAACCACCUGAAGUACCAACCCCUCCUUCUCCUUCACCUCCACCACCUCCGCAAACGUACCCAAGAUUGGUAGAUCCAAGCAUUGGAUUAUUGAUGCCACCACUUCAUACUCCCAAUAAUAUUGCUGUAUUUUGUGAUCACAACUACACGGUAGAGGAUACGGUGCAUCAGAGAAAAAGAAUCCAGCAACUGGAAGAGCAGGUGGAUAAACUGAGGAAGAAACUUAAGACUGCACAGCAGCGAUGUAGGCGUCAGGAAAAACAGAUUGAAAAACUGCGAGAGCUUGUUCAGUUUCAGAAGGAAAAAGACGUGCUGUCAGGCAAAGGUGGUUAUGUGAUUCUGCCUAAUGACUAUUUUGAAAUUGUAGAAGUCCCUGCCUAGAAGGCUAGCAUUGUCAUUUGUGGGACACUGCCAAAGUUAGCCUCAUCAGACUAACCCACCUUACUCAGUUUUAAAAGCAAGACUUUUUAGUUCUGUAUAUUAAAUACUUCAGCCCUUCAAAACAAUAAAAGUUGCUAUAUAAUCAA